AUGACUACUUCAAAUCUUAUUGAAACGUUAGAAUGGUCAUUAAUAUUGGGAAAUUCUACACAUGAAAGUUCACAAAAUUCAACUGAAAUUUUAAUAUCUAAAAUCCUUGAUGGUCAAUAUAGGGAAAGUUUGACUUGCGAUAUAACAAAACAAAUCUUAGGAACGGAAUUAUCAGCAGAGGAUGAUUUUGUCAAAAAUUUUACAGGAAACUUAGACAUAAAUGUAUACAUAUCUAAUAGGAUCAAGAAAUAUAUUUCAUCUAGUUUACAUGAAUUAGAAUCACAACAAAAUCAAUUACUUAAACAGCUUAAUUUGCUCUGCGUUGCAGUUGCUUGUUUGAAUGCCUUUAUACAAACUUCUUGGACUGGACCGAAUUUAGAUCUCGAACCACGAGAUAUUUUACCAACAAUUAUAAGGGACAAAUAUAAUUCUGAUGAAUUAAACAAGAAAGCUCUAGAAUCGUUAUCUACAGAUGGUGAAGAAGCUUAUCAUUUAGUACCUCGAGCUUUGUAUCUUUUAAUUUCAAGAAUUAUUUUAGUAGAUAACGAACAACUUUUUACUGAUCUAAAAACUUCAUUAUGGUGGGGACAGAGAGUUUUGUUCCUUCAACAGCGUAUUCUUGAUAAUGUUGCCGGCUCUUUACACGACUUAAUGUUGCAAUAUCUGAAAACUUUUGAGAGUAAACUUAUUUCAACGAAUUCAGAUAUUUACGCUAGAUAUCAUAUAGAAUUCGGUCUUGUAUAUCAUUAUUAUGGCCAAGAUUCUUUAGCAUUUCAACAUUUUUUAAAUGCACAAAAAUCGAGCCAACUUCAAUGGAAAGUAACUGGUGCAUUAGGCAAAAGAACAAAAUUUCAAACGUCUGAUAUAUCACAAUUAUUAGUCGUUGCCAAAUCUAAAGAGGAAUUUCCGGAUGAAAGUGACUCAAGAAAAAAACUUCCGGAUAACUUAAGAUUGAAUGAUGACACCUUACUGGAAAAAAUCGAAUUUUCUAAUCAAAAUGAUGAUGUAGUAGAUUUUGAUCUUCAAAAUCAAAAGAACCUUAAAAUUAUUGAUCAAUGUCUGUUGCUUGCUUUUUGUUUAAAUGUAAAGAAUACUAAUCCUUCACAUGGUAUUACCACAGAACUAAUGGUGCCGUAUGUCUCUCGUGUUUUAGAAAAUCCAAACAAUUGGAUGGUAUACACCAUGGCAUUAUUACUAAGAUCACGUCUUGAAAAAGAAAAGAGUCGAACGGUUGAACGUUCUGCUCUUCAACUUCAAGCACUAGUGGAUCAAUUUCCUCUUGAACUUUCUAGUGCAAAAGAACGAAUGGCAUAUUUUUAUCAAAUUUUAUUGCCAUCAAAAUGGGAUAUGGAAAAGGAACUUGCUGUGCAAUAUUUGUCCAUAGGUGUUGUUCGUUCGGCUCUGCAGAUAUUUGAACGAUUAGAAAUGUGGGAAGAUGUAAUCAACUGUUAUAUUAUGCUUGAAAAAGAAGUGGAGGCUAAAAAGAUAAUACAUGAACAAUUAAAGAUAACACCAAAUUCACCAAAACUUUAUUGUCUUUUGGGUGACGUCGAAAAGGAUCCAAAACAUUGGGAACAUGCAUGGGAAAUUUCCGGCAAUCGAUUCGCUCGUGCUAUGCGAUCUCUUGGUGGAUAUUGGUAUAAACGUGAAGAAUAUCGAAAAUCUAUUGAGUGUUACGCAAAUGCUCUUCAGAUAAAUCCCCUUUUUGAAAAUUCAUGGUUUGUGCAGGGAUGUGCUGCAAUGCAUGUGAAGGAAUGGGAAACCGCUAUACAAGCUUUUUCACGAACUAUAGCUAUUGAUCCCGAAAAUUCUGAAGCUUGGAAUAAUUUGGCAUCGAUAUUUUUGAAACAAAAACGUAAGCCUGAUGCUUAUAAUUCAUUACAACAGGGAUUGAGAUUAAAUUAUGAUAGUUGGAAAAUAUGGACAAAUUAUCUGUAUACAGCUAUUGAUAUUGGUGAAUUUGCCGAAGCUAUAAGAGCUAUGCAACGUGUUGUUGAUUUAAGGUGGGAAAAGGAAAAGGAUUCUUGCGUUGAUUUACAAGUUCUUGAACUUUUAGUAAAUGCUGUUACGCAAGGUAUUCAAGAUGCUCGUCAAAAUAGUGCCUCUCAAUUGGCUCCAAGACUUGAAAAAUUAUUGACCGAAACUAUUACUUCUCGAAUUACCUCCAAUCAACAUAUAUGGCGUCUCUGUGCUAAAUUUUGGUUUUGGAAGAAGGAAUACGACGAAGCUCUCGAAGCGUAUUUGAAAGCAUAUCGAAGCGUUUUACGUGAUCCAAAUUUAGGGAAUUCGUACGAUGUAUUUGAAAAAGUAGCAAAUGCUGCAUUAGAAGUUGUAGAAGCGUAUCAAAAUUUUGGUGAAAAGAAAGUUUUACGUAAAAUAGACUCUAAUGAUGAUGGUUUAGAAAUCGAAAAAAUCGUUUGUAAAGAUUGGAAAUAUCAGGCAAAGAGUUUAUUGAAGAGUUUGAUAGGAAGGACAAAAAAUUCUUUUGAGGGCACACCAAUGCAUGAUAAGCUAAAAGAAGUGGCAAAUGAAUUAAGUGAAUAA